GUAUCGAGAAGCAUGAUGAAGUCUUCAGUUCGUAGGGAAAAGAAGAUGCCAAAGAGCUCACCCAGCUGAUUAUAGGGAAAAAGAAUAACUAGAAUUCUUAGACGCAAGGCGUUCUUUAUGUCGCAAUCGAUUUGAAGUCUUUUGCAUUAUCCCUCAAUCAAAAAACGUUUGGCGCUCUGCUAGAUGUGUUGAAGACAAAAGAUACAAAAAUAGCGGGCUAGCAGAGAUUCGAGGCGAGGCAAGCGCAUGGCUACCGAAGGGAAGAGAACAACACACUUGCUACAAGGUUCGUACAAUCCUGCAAAGCUUCGACGAAAUAAGCACGACCGCGGCACGGCACGACAAGAGAGAAGUAGGCUUGGUGGACUAAAGGACCGAAACAAGAUACCACGCGACGACGGAGGAGGUGUCUGUCAAGUAUUUCAACGUUGCGCGUUGUUUGGUAUAGAUACGACGCACAAUAUAAUCUGCGCACUCCUAGACGCUUGUACACGAUAAGGAGGUCUCUCGCCCCCAGGACUCUAGCUGCGCGGUGAAGAUGGUGCUGUACAUCAACAUCCUGAUUCUGAAUCCGGAUGAGGCGAUGGAGAAGCAGGCGGGGAGAUUCUCCUUUUUCGCGAAGAGCAUGGUUGAUCAUGACACGCUUACUGGCGUAAUCGCAGAAGUCAUAAGACAUAAGGCUGAGGCAGAAAUGCAACAGAAAGGCCUGGACGUCGAUAUGCGGGUCCGCGAGAGUCAUUCCCUUUACUGCGUCCUGCAGCUGAACGUCAAAACGCCACCGGCUAACGUCUUCGCAUUAUUUGCGCCAUGUUGCGAGACAGAAAAUGCAGCAAUAAUGCUCGUCGAGAAAGGUACUCCUAAUUUUUUUUGCGUUGAAUAGAGGUCUCAAUGUUAUCGAUGUCGAUCUGUGGUUUCUUCAGAAUUUUUGAUCACGCAACAAAAACAAAAACACUGAGUACUAUGUAUCUAUUAGAAGUGUAUUGACGUGAGUCUUGAUGAAAGAAACUACUUCGUCCAGGUCUAGCCGCGGCUUUUCCGAUAACGUUGAAGAGCGAAUUGAAGAAAGAGGGCAUAGACGCAGAUGUCGUUAUUGUACGAGACACGGAUAAGCAGGAGCAAUAUGAAGUGAAAGUUUUAGAUCUGAUCUAUCCCGAAGCCUCACACGCUCACCAUGAGCACGAUGCAGGCUCUUCUACCGAACAAUACACGACCAGCUAAAAAGGCAAAUCUUAAUCAAGGGUUGGUGCAGAUGUACCACUCACGCGAGGAGCAGGGGAGUAGCGU